AUGAAUGUCCACACUAAGGAGAUGGUGCCCCUCAUGGGCAGAAGAGCUGCUGUCCCCAGUGGGAACCCUGCCAUCCUGCAGGAGAAGAGGUCAGCAGAGAUUACGCCAACCAAGAAGAGUGCACACUUCUUCCUGGAGAUAGAAGGGUUUGAUCCCAACCCCACAGUCUCCAAGACCUCUCCCCCCGUCUUCUCCAAGCCUAUGGACUCCAACAUCCGGCAGUGCCUCUCUGGCAACUGUGAUGACAUGGACUCUCCGCAGUCCCCUCAGGACGACGUGACAGAGACGCCGUCCAAUCCCAACAGUCCCAGUGCAAACCUGGCCAAGGAAGAGCAGAGGCGAAAAAAGAGGCGGCUGAAGAAGCGCAUCUUUGCAGCCGUGUCAGAGGGCAGCGUGGAGGAGCUGCUGGAGCUGCUGGUGGAGUUGCAGGAGCUUUGCAAGCGACGUCGUGGCCUGGAAGUGGCUGACUUCCUUAUGCACAAGCUGACGGCCUCUGACACGGGGAAGACCUGCCUGAUGAAGGCCUUGUUAAACAUCAACCCCAACACCAAGGAGAUCGUGCGGAUCCUGCUGGCUUUUGCUGAAGAGAACGACAUCCUGGACAGGUUCAUCAACGCUGCAUACACAGAGGAGGCCUACGAAGGGCAGACGGCACUGAACAUCGCCAUUGAGCGGCGGCAGGGAGACGUCACUGCGUUGCUCAUCGCUGCUGGCGCCGAUGUCAACGCCCACGCCAGCGGGGUCUUCUUCAACCCCAAGUACCAGCACGAGGGCUUCUACUUUGGCGAGACACCGCUGGCCCUGGCAGCAUGUACCAACCAGCCUGAGAUUGUGCAGUUGCUGAUGGAGAACGAGCAGACAGACAUCACCUCGCAGGACUCGCGGGGAAAUAACAUCCUACACGCGCUGGUGACAGUGGCUGAGGACUUCAAGACGCAGAAUGACUUUGUGAAGCGCAUGUAUGACAUGAUCCUGCUGAGGAGUGGCACCUGGGAGCUGGAGACCAUGUGCAACAAUGAUGGCCUCACGCCGCUGCAGCUGGCUGCCAAGAUGGGCAAGGCCGAGAUCUUGAAGUACAUCCUCAGCCGUGAGAUCAAGGAGAAGCCACUCCGGAGCCUGUCCAGGAAGUUUACUGACUGGGCGUAUGGGCCUGUGUCGUCCUCCCUCUAUGACCUCACCAACGUGGACACUACAACAGACAACUCAGUGCUGGAAAUCAUCGUCUACAACACCAACAUUGAUAACCGGCAUGAGAUGCUGACCCUGGAGCCCCUGCACACGCUGCUGCAUAUGAAGUGGAAGAAGUUUGCCAAGUACAUGUUCUUCUUGUCCUUCUGCUUUUAUUUCUUCUACAACAUCACCUUGACUCUCGUUUCCUACUACCGCCCCCGGGAGGAGGAGGCCCUCCCACACCCCUUGGCCCUGACACACAAGAUGGGGUGGCUACAGCUCUUGGGAAGAAUGUUCGUGCUCAUCUGGGCCACGUGCAUUUCUGUGAAAGAGGGCAUGGCGAUCUUCCUGCUGAGACCCUCAGAUCUGCAGUCCAUUCUCUCUGAUGCCUGGUUUCACUUUGUCUUUUUUGUCCAAGCUGUGCUUGUGAUACUGUCUGUCUUCUUGUACUUGUUUGCCUACAAAGAGUACCUCGCCUGCCUUGUGCUGGCCAUGGCCCUGGGCUGGGCCAACAUGCUCUACUACACGCGGGGAUUCCAGUCCAUGGGCAUGUACAGCGUCAUGAUCCAGAAGGUCAUUUUGCAUGAUGUUCUGAAGUUCUUGUUUGUAUAUAUUGUGUUCUUACUUGGAUUUGGAGUAGCCCUGGCUUCAUUGAUCGAGAAGUGUUCCAGUGACAACAAGGACUGUAGCUCCUAUGGCAGCUUCAGCGAUUCGGUGCUGGAACUCUUUAAGCUCACUAUAGGCCUGGGCGACCUGAACAUACAACAGAACUCCAAGUACCCCAUCCUCUUUCUGUUCCUGCUCAUCACCUACGUCAUCCUCACCUUCGUCCUCCUCCUCAACAUGCUCAUCGCCCUGAUGGGAGAGACCGUGGAGAACGUCUCCAAGGAGAGUGAGCGCAUCUGGCGUCUACAGAGAGCCAGGACGAUUCUGGAGUUUGAGAAAAUGUUACCAGAAUGGCUGAGAAGCAGGUUCCGGAUGGGAGAGCUGUGUAAGGUAGCGGAGGAAGAUUUCCGGCUGUGUCUGCGGAUCAAUGAGGUGAAGUGGACUGAAUGGAAAACGCAUGUCUCCUUCCUCAAUGAAGAUCCAGGGCCUGUAAGACGGACAGGUACUGUUGCUGUCAGAAAGCGUGGCCACCACACCUGUCUGACCAUGUGA